UUUCUUUAUAUCUGCGCUGACCAUCUAUUUAUUUACUUGUAAUAUUUAUUUUAUAGUAGUUAGAUUUAGGCCAGCACUUAACUCCGCGCAGUUGUGGACUCUUCAUCCAGCGUUAUAUCCGAUCUUGCUCUCUAUCCUUCCAUUUUCCUAUUUAUCUACUACUUCCCCAGAUAUAGAAAAUAUCGGCCGAAAUUCAGUUCUAUAUAUUUUAAUUAGAUUUUUAUGCUUUACUUUUUAAUCUAAAUGUAAAAAAGUACAAUAUUUAUGCUUUCUUUAUUAUCACUUUUACUUGCCUCUGGAACAGUUCUUCGUGCCGAUACAGAACGGUGGACGCCUCUCAAUUACCCAAAUCCAAGGAAAAAUUAUACUGCUUGUAAUACAAAGGAAAAUUCCACACUUUGUGAUCCAGAUCAUAUUUUAACUGAUCAAUGGAGAGCCGAAAUCAAUCAGAAUAUUCAAAAACAAAUGGAUAGACUAACCGAGGCAAAUGUUCCUUUAUCCGAGAAAGCACCUGUUGAAUGCAUUAACCGUACAGAAGGUGUUCUUGUUUAUGUUUUGCUAGCAAAGAGGAUUUGGACACCAAACAAUCAAAGCAUUACUGGAAAUGAUUUGACCAAAUUUGGGGAUGAUUUGGCUAAACAAUACGGGUUAAAUGAUUUACCUUGCCAAACUUUUGUGUUUCUUAUUGGAAUUGAGGCUGCCAAAUUGGCAUAUGUUCGGGAUUUGCGUUUACCGGCCGACCUUAUGCAAAGAGUAUUUCAUGAAUAUAAACUCUUCAAUGCCAAAAACUUUAUGGCUGGGCUUAACAAAAUUGUUGAUGAAAUUGGUCGCCAAAUGAGCGAUCCUUUUAAAGUAUUUUUAUUAUGAGUAAAUAAACUGAACAUAAUUACCCCCGUAAAGGAACAAACAGUAAUCACAGAAAGCCGCUUGAGGCAGAACUUUAGUGCUGCUGCUAGUUCCACUGAAGGCACAACACUAGCAGAAUUAGUUGCUGAGAUAUUGGAGAAAGAAAACAAUGGAACUGUAGAUGGAGAAACAAUGAAUGGGAUAGGAGAAACAUGGAACAUGAAUGUGAAUCAAAUGACAGCAUGGUUAAUGCUUCUAUCUCUUUGCAUUGCCAUACUGCUUGCUUUCGGGUCAUUGGCACUUUUGGCGUUUUCGCAGCAACGUCGAUAUGAGCAGAUGAACAAAAAUAACUUUCAACAUCAAUCUUCAAUAUUAGCACCGACAGAGUCAUCUAUGCAUUC